CGAAAUCAGUUCCUGUUAAAGAAAAGUAAAGAAUUCGCUUGAUAGUUUACAUUUUCUUUCCAAAUGUAAAUAACAGAGUAAUACAAAAUAAAUUAAACAAAGCUGGCAUGAUGAAUCAUUCAUUCAGAGCAUUUUACAGUGACAUCAUACAGAAGUGAAGAGUUGGAUUUCACCUCUAUUUUCAAAAAGUAAAAAAAGCUCACCAUGGGGGUUGAUACAGAAACUUAUCGUGGCAGAAUUGGUAUUUUCAAGUUUGCUUCUGGAGUAGACGUCAUUAUUCUACAAUGUACACUGAACUUCAGUGGGUGCUUGAAAGCAGUCGGAAGUCUGGUUUUUAUUGGUAUUCUCUUGUUUAUGGCAGGAAUAGAACAGAAUCCUGGGCCUACUGAACAAGGUAACAGCUCUGCUGAUGAAGAGGUUACAGAAUCAGCUGAUAAUAAAUUCAAAACUUACAUAGACAAAGCUUGGGGAAAACUUGUAGAUUUCAUGAUUCCAGAUCCUAUACUUAAUAGUUCAGCAUUUGAAUUUCGAGAAAGAAGAGAUAUUAUGGAAGAAAAAAACACAUCAGAAAAGAACAGGGGUAUUUUGAAAAAAUUCAGAUCUAAGGGUGCAUUUGGUUAUAAGAGCUUAAAGACAUGCCUUGUGGACACAAAACAGAUGCUGUUGGUCAAGUUACUGGAAUGUAUUGAAAAAGGUGAAGACGCAAGCCUUUUGGAAAAACAACUUGAUGAUGAGGUGAUGAAAACAACACGUAAAGUGAUCAUAGCAUGUAGGAAUGACCUGGUAGAGAAGUAUCGAAAAUACUAUAUCAAAACAGAAUUUAUUCCUUGGAAGCCAGAGGAAGAGCAGGUGGAUAUUGAUGAUGUUUACUCUCCUGUUCAUGUGCAAAGGAGGGUAAAAAGCUCAGGAAAAAAGAACAUUCAGCAGACAAACAAUUAUGUUGAGAAAUUAGAACAAACUGAGAGCAAAAGUGCAGGUAAACAAAAGAUUAACAAAAAUACAAAUAAACUGAAAUUGAAAAUACCUAUUAUAGAUAAUGUCAAACAAAAGGGCAAGCCUAUCUCAUCUAUCCAUGAACUGUUCUAUUACAAUAACAAACGUUAUAAAAAGAUUCUGAUAAGUGCAGAAUCAGGAGCAGGUAAAACUACUUUGUGUAGGAAACUGAUUUCUCUGUGGUGUAAGCAGUCAGUAGAUAGUCCAGAAACUGGAGCUUGUGCAGCAGCAGAUGAGUUAAAGGAAUUUAUUUACGUUGAUGAUGAAGAUAUAAAUACAGAAAAUGAAAGCACUGAAACUUUGAAGUUUGACUUUUUAUUUUAUGUGUCACUUAGACAUGCAAAGCAAGAAGAAUAUAUAGAAGAUAUGAUUGCCAGGCAACUUCAGAUCAAUGAUGAAGUUUUACAAGAGAUCCUAGACACAACAAACUGUCUUGUUUUAGUUGAUGGUUUAGAUGAAUGGUCUCCUCAGCAGCAUGUUUAUUAUGGUCCUAUGGAUAUAAAGGGUUGCCCAAAAGAGAAGCAUGUUGGUCAGUUUUAUUCUGUGUUUACAACAAGACCAUGGAAGCUUGUGGAUGAAGCAAGGGAUGCAAAUAAGCUUGAACUGCAGUGUCAGCUGAAAGGAGUUCAAACAUAUGAAGAAAUGAUUGCAUUAUAUGCAAAAGUGAUAAAGGAUAAAACAAAUUUUUCCACGGAAAAAUUCCUUAAGGAUGUGAGAAACAAGACUGAAUUUCUGUCAACACCACUUCUUCUGAAAUUAGUCAUGUUACUGUGGGCUGAGAAUGGUGAAUUGGAAGUAUCAGAUUGCAGGUUGUAUGGUCGGGUAGUUGAAUUGCUGAUUAAGAGUGGCCUUGAAAGAAAUGUUAAUGAUAGUGAAUUUAUGAGAAAAGUGAAUGAAAUUCAUCCAUUUGAGGAGGCACCAAUUUGCUUUAAUAAAUCUGAAUAUUUUUCUCACCUCCAAAAAUAUUUCUCUGCAAUUAAACAGGUUGCAAAAGUGUCAUUUGAAACUCUACUUAAAGGGACUUUGUUAUUGAAGGAUACAGAUGUCCAGCUGUAUACAAAAAAAUAUAAUAUAGACUUGCACUUUUUGAAGAAGUUGGGAUUGUUUUCUCAAAGUCCCCACAUAGGAGGUUCUUUUAUAGAUAGAGAGAGCAAAGUUACUUUCAUCCAAAAAUCUUUUCAAGAGUUUUAUGCGGCAGUCCAUAUUGUUUCAUAUCCAGAGGAUUGUUACAGGAUUUUCAGGGAAAAAUGGUCAAAAUCACAUCCUGAAAGUACCAAUGCAAGAUUUGUAGUUUUGUCUGACGUUUUCAAGUUCGUCAGUGGCAUGGAUCCGAGUGCUAUGCCAAAGAUGUAUAAAUUAAUAUAUAUGUAUACAUUUGAUGACAUCAAUUCUGACCAGUGUCACACUGAUAGGACUGAAAAGUUUAAAAUCUAUCUUAGGGGAAGAUAUGGUUGCAUUGUGAAACAAAAGCUGGCCCGUUAUGCAUGUCCCAUUGACAAACUUUUAAAAACUUUUAAUAAACAUAUCAUAGAGAAUGUUACUGAAAUUUUUAAUUGUGGACAUUCUGACUUCAAAAUACAUAUACCUGACUUGUCUUUAUAUUUUCUUAAAAUAGUUCCUAGCCCAGAGUGUAUUGAGAUGCUUAAUAUGUUCAAAGUAUUGAAGUAUAUAAAUCCAUCAUCUCUGAAAACACUGGUUCUACAGUAUGAUGCAGAAUGUGACCAACUAGUACAACUUCUGAAGAUAUUUCUCAUAAAAGAUGACUUCUGUGACAUGAUUAGUGCACUGGCAAUCUUGAGUGGUGGCAGACUACCAAUUUGGUGUAAUCUUUGGUCUGGUGAAUGCUCAAAUCUAAAAGAAGUGAAACUUAGAAAUAUUAGCCUUACAUAUGAACAGAUGGAAAGGGUUCUACUGAUACAUCCAUCAAAUCUUGAGAUCAUUAUUCUUGAUAAUGUUGAAUGUUGCUCUCACAAAAGAGUCUCUGAAAUGUGUACAUAUAUCGAGAAAGGUAAAAGUUCAGAAAAGUUUGGCUUUUCAGAAAUGCAAAUCAAUGAAAAAAUCAAAGGUGAACACUUUGCACAUGUAGGUUUUUCAGAAAUUAAACUGUCUACAACUUUUGUCAUGCUGAAAGAAUUAGAAUUGAAAUGUAUUGGAGUAUUAACACAUUCACAAGUAACGCAUAUGCUGACAGAUUCUCCCAGCCUUCAGAGUGUUUCCCUUGACAAUGUUCACUGUAUGGAAGAUGGGUAUUGUGGAUGUAGGAAAGCUGUGUCUGGUGUUGGGAGUGAGGAAGCUUUUUGUAAAUACACAUCAACUGCUUCAUCAGCAAAACAGCUAAGCAUUACGAAUUGUAGUGGCAUUUUGUGUCAUACAAACAGAUAUCCUCAGCUUGAAGAAUUCAGUUUAUAUUCCUCAAAUGAUAAAAAGGCUGUUUUACCUUUACAAAUACUGUCUCAUCUUACAACCUUUGGCAGUGUUCAGGAUGUUAACAUGUUGAAUAGAUCACAGAGAACUGAAAAUGGCUCAAGUGAUAUUGGAGAUAAUAGUGAAGGUAGGUUAGAGUUAAAGACUUGUUGUUCAGAACAGAAAUUGAAGUUGUCGAAGGCUGCUGAUAUGAGUAUUUCCAGCAGGCUACAUGCACUACAUGUUGUUAAACUUGAUAACAUAGAGAUUGGUCAUUCACAUAUCACAUGGAUACUUACUUUACCCAAUCUUGAAGUUGCUGACCUUUCUGAAGUAGUUUGUACAGCUGACAAUAUGUGUGGAUGCUAUACCAAGCCUGGUUCAUUGGAUUUAUUUUCGCCUUCAGACCCUGGAACAAAAUGUGUUGAAUCUAGACUAAAAGAAAUUACUAUAUGUGAAGGAAAGGAAAUUUUUAAACAUGUUAGUAAGUUGGUGAAAUUAAGAACACUGUGUUUUAGAGGUAAAAUAGAGAAAAUUGAUAAUGUUUUUCUAACGGGCCUCAAUCUUAAAAAAUUGACGUUUAAGCACAAAGAAAUCCCUUUUAACAUGUGUGAUUAUGUUAUUGGUCCUGAGGUUGAAAUGGUAUUUCAUUGUGAAAUUUCACAAGAAUUGUUGAUAAGAUUUUUAGACAGUAUUUCAAAUAGUCAUUUGGUUAUACUAAAUAGAGUUGUUUUGACUGAAGGAAAUGCAGAUUAUGUCUAUGAGACAGUGGGUAACAUGAAAAAUGUACAUGUACAGGAGUUCACAAAAUGGAAGUGGCUAGAACCAGAACUUCGCAAGAUUGAGAUUGAACCAGGGUGGGUUAUUGAUGACAUCUCAGAUUUUGCUUUAGUUGAAACAUCUUCAAAAGCAAACAUUGUCUCAAUGAAAAUUCUGAAGAAACAGCAGGAUUUGAAGGACAAAGAUGAAUCUGACUGAAUUAUAAACCAGGUGCAUUUUGUUACCUAGCAACAAAAUGACUAGAAGGCAUGGACUUUUAAAGACAAAACAGCAGUAAUCUACCAGUUCUUGCAAAAAUUUCGUCAAAUGCAUUUUCAAACGGAUUUUAAUAGGCUCAUCUGAGCAUAUUGUGCUCAUGGUUAGCAUUUAGGAUUGUAGGCUUUAUAUCAUCCACAGUUCUUGUUUAAAGAACAUAUCAAUCUAAACCAUCAAGCUUAGAUUUCAACAAAUUUUCAGUGGAAUGUUCCUAAAGUGGUCUCCUUUGUGAUUUUAUUAAAGCUAGAUCAUCCAUUUAGAAGACUUCUGCCCAGAAACUGCAGGCCUUGGUUCAAAGAAUUUCACAGUAAUGUUCAUUGGAAAUUCCAAACAGGUUCCUUCAUAUUGAUUUGUUUUGAUAAAAAUAUGCCCAUCAGGGAGUGGGGCAGUUUUCCAUUUAUAACUAUAGUAGAAAAUGUAUGGAUUUUCUUGCCCAAUAUUAAUUACUUCAGAGAUUUUAGUUUGGUGGACCUCUAACAAUUUCUUCAGAUCCUUCCCAUACAUUAAAAAGGUCACCAGGGACAGCUUGGUUUUCUGUAAGCAUUAAAUUUCUGACAUAGUGAUCUUGGAUAUUGGUAAAACUCGGACCUUAAGAAUUAUUUUUUGGUGGCUGCUAGCUGCCACCAGUGUCAAAAAGAAUACUCCGUUUGAAAAAUCGUGUCAGUUCUUAAGACCAUCCUAACAACACAACCAAAAAUAGUUCCAAGCUUUCUAGGUAAACAAUUAUCUACACAACGUGCAUAAUUUGAAAAGCUACAAUAUAUGCCUUAAUACCAUUUUUAAUGUAAAUUUGGCGACUAAAAUCAAUACAAACUGAGGUAAACGUUUUAAUUAAAGCAACAACGUGUAUGAAUACAAAUAUGCAAAUUCAUGGUCACGUGAAUAAACGAUGACCUCAUGUCACCUGAACCGGGGCGAUGAUAUUGAUUAGCUAUUGCAUAGUACUGCCCCAGAGGUCACGUAGCUUAUAACGUUGAAAAAGGUAGCUUAUGUAUAUAGAAACCUAGCCUGGGAAUUCAGACUGACAAUUCAAAAAUGUUUCCUAACCGCAGUGUCACAUGUAUAACUUCCGAAAUUUAAGGCUUUAUUUGAUAAAGAACAUAACUUCUGAUAGCAAUAAUCCGCGGCUAAAAAUAGAAACGGAAUUUCAACGGAAAAGUUUCGAAACAUUUCCGGUCCAUAGACAAUACCAGUUUGUAAUGCCGAUAGCUUUUCCAGCAAGUUGUAAUACUUUUCAAAUAUGUCAAAACAAACUUAAAUUUCGUCAUAGCUAUCAAAUUGUAAGAUAUUAUAUUAAUGCAACCCUAGUGAUCUAAGAAUGUUACUGAAUUUUCGACUGCAUUGUCUCGUUUUCGUUUCAAGCACGCAAAAAUAUGACCGCAUGUUGAUUAGGCUAUUUAUAGAAAAUCAAUAAUCAGCAGUGAUAUGGAUUUCCUCAGGCGUUGAUACUGCCAAUUAACACUAAUUAGCGCAAAUUUAGUGAGACGAUUUAUGAACAGAACAGUACUUUAUUGAUAUAACUUGAACAUGUACAGUUCAUCGUUAUACCAAGAACAAAAUAUACUAAAACAUGCUUACAAUACGAGAGUGAACAAAAAUAAAAGAACAUUCAGUUAAAAUUCAUUCGAUAUGGUUUGCAAUGUGACCUGCCGUGAGAAUCAAAGACAUGUAUGUUUUCUAAAUAAUAUUCCCUCACGAAUAAUCUUCCUUCAGCAUAUGUACAAUAUAAGAUACUAUAUGUAUGCAUAGAUACACAUGUAUUCGGUAUAAUAUCGUCUGACAAAACACGAAUUAUCAACGUGGAAACCCACAGGUCGCCCAAGCUGAGAAGUGUUUCAAGCUCGCUUUGACUAAGUGGUGCUACUGUAUCACGAUUUCAUCAACUUGUAAGCCCAUGAAAGUUGGCGCAGCGAUGAUACUAAUACUCGCCUUUUUUAAAAGGCAAUGUGUCAGACUGUAGCAAGUCGUCGGAUAACAGAUUUGACCAACUUAAAAAUUGAAUUGUUUCAAGACAGAUUCUGCUCACUUCAGCUAAAUUCAUUCGAGCCGCACCAUGAGAAAAACAACAUAGUGCAUUUGUGACCAGCAUGGGCCCAAAUCAAACUGCCGAUCCAUACACCACGCUGGUCAGAAUCCUUGCUGUUCGCUAACGCACUAUGCUGGUUUUCUCAUGGUGCGUCUCUACAAAUAUAUGUAUAAAAAGUAAAACGGUUUCGUUUCGCCAGUUACAUAUUUUCGACUUUUUUCUCGGUCUGACUAAAGUUGUAAGUUUGUCUGACUUAAUGUCCAGCAUUUUUGCCAAGGAGUGAUAAUUAAUGCACCUCUAAAAUACACUAGCUGCAGAACUGACAUUCUGAGGUGCAUCUGUGGUGCAUGUUUGUGUUGUUUUCUUUCACAAAAGUCUCAUGAAAACCACAGCUAUCUGAUACGGACUAAAUCAGUGUGUAUAAUAAUUCAUGACAGACACUGCCCAAAAGCUUUAAAAAGAAAUCUUAAAAGCUGAAUGAUUUGGAGAAAAAGCUUAUAUUAUUUAUUCAUAGUAAAACAUUUUCGAUGUAAUUUAUGUUGUCGUUUUCCUCACAAACAAUCAAAACUAUUCGUUAAAGACUGAAUCAGUGUGUAUGUAAACAAUGACUGGCAGUAAAAAGGAAUAAUUUUGAAACCAAAGCCGAAUAUUAAAAAAAAAAAAUGCAAAAAAAGUUCUUAUAGUUUAUAUUAACAAUUCCUCAGUUGUCACUUUCUUUGUAAUAUUUUAAACAUUGAUUAGCAGCCACCACCAGCGCUUUGAGCGCUUUGAUUCAUUCCUGGAUUGUUUGCCUUCUUUAUUCCGUAUAAAAGCCUUGUUACAGUGAACACUUUUAUAGUAAAACUAAGCUUUAAGAAACAGUUUUGGUUGGAAAGCAGUAAUUUAUGCAGAAAAAUAAAUUGAUGCUUUAUUUGUAUUAUUUCACAUGAAUAUUUGUUUUCUGAAAAUAUUGAAUUGCAUGUAUCAGCAGUUAGAAUUUGGUGUUUUAUUUCAGAAAUUGAACUUGAAUACAAAAUGUGCACCAAUGAGUAGAUAUGUAUAUAAAACACAUCUGUGGCUUAGUUCCUGUUUAUAGGGAUCAGGUUAAAAUAGAUUUUAUUAUCCCCCGCCGUAGUUUUGGUGUUGUCCGUUCUUCUGUCCGUCUUUCCGUCCUUUUGUCUAGAGCCAUAUCUAGGAACUGGUAGGGAAUUUUUAGCUCACCUGAGCACAAAGUGCUCAAAGGUGAACUUUAGUGAUCACACUGUGUCCGUCGUCGUCUGUCCAUCCGUCUUCAACAAUUUGACUGUUAACACUCUAGAGGUCACAUUUUUUGCCCAAUCUUAAUGAAACUUAGUCAGAAAGCUUGUUGACAUUCUAGAGGCCACAUUUAUGACUGUAUCUUCAUGAAACUUAGUCAGAAUGUCAAACUUGAUUAUCUUCCAGUCAGGUUUGAAUCUGGGUCAUGUUGGGUCAAAAGUUAGGUCAUGGGGCCAAAUCAAAGGAAAAGCUUGUUAACACUCUAGAGGCCACACUUAUGACUGUAUCUUCAUGAAACUUAGUCAGAAUGUUAAACUUGAUGAUCUUUAGGUCAAGGUCGAAUCUAGGUCAUGUUUGGUCAAAAACAAGGCCACCAAGUUAAAUCAAAGGAAAAGCUUGUUAACACCCUAGAGGCCACACUUAUGCCCAUAUCUUAAUGAAACUUGGUCAGAAUGUUAAUCUUGAUGAUCUUUAGGUCAAUAGGUCAGGUGAACGAUACAGGGCCUUCAUGGCCCUCUUGUUUAAAUAAAACUUCAUAUACUUAUUUGCCUCUAUGCAGAAAUGCGGCCCGUCAGGUUCAGUCAGAUUACUCAAGUAACAGCAGAGUUAUGACCCUUAGAAGUUUCUAGUGUUAACUAUAAUAAGGUUUCUAUAAAUAAGGCAAUUUCUGCUUCAUAACUUGCGACAUAUUUGACCAAGAACUAUGAAAUUUAAACUAAAUUUAGAUCACCACAAUGUCUGUUAACACUCUAGAGGUCACAAUUUUGGCCUAAUCUUAAUGAAACUUGGUCAGAAUGUUACCCUCAUAAAAAUCUUGGACGAGUUCGAUAUUGGGUCAUCUGGGUUCAAAAACUAGGUCACCGUGUCAGAUCAAAGGAAAAACUUGUUAACAUUCUAGAGGUGACAAUUUUGGCCCGAUCGUAAUGAAACUUGGACAGAAUGGUAUCCUUAAUAAAAUCUUGGAUGAGUUUGAUAUUGGGUUAUCUGGGAUAAAAAAAACUAGGUCACCAGGUCAAAUCAAAGGAACAGAUUGUUAACACUUUAGAGGUCACAAUUUUGGCAUAAUUUUAAUGAAACUUGGUCAGAAUGUUACCCUCAUAAAAAUCUUGGACGAGUUUGAUAUUGGGUCAUCUGGGUUCAAAAACUAGGUCACCGUGUCAGAUCAAAGGAAAAGCUUAUUAACACUCUAGAGGUGACAAUUUUGGCCCGAUCGUAAUGAAACUUGGACAGAAUGGUAUCCUUAAUAAAAUCUUGGAUGAGUUUGAUAUUGGGUCAUCUGGGAUAAAAAAAACUAGGUCACCAGGUCAAAUCAAAGGAACAGAUUGUUAACACUUUAGAGGUCACAAUCUUGACCCAAUCAUAAUGAAACUUGGUCAGAAUGUUACCCUUAAUAAAAUCUUGAACGAAUUCAACAUCGGAUCAUCUGGGGUCAAAAACUAGGUCACCAGGUCAAAUCAAAGGAAAAGCUAAUUAACACUGUAGAGGCCACAUUUAUGACUGUAUCUUCAUGAAAACUGGUUUGGUCAGAAUGUUACUCAUGAUGAUCUCAAAGUCCAAUCAGAAUCUGGGUCAUGUCGGGUCAAAAACUAGGUCACUAGGUCAAAUCAAAAGAAAAGCUAGUUAGCACUUUAGAGGCCACAUUUAUGACCAUAUCUUAAUAAAACUUGGUCAGAAUGUUAAUCUUGAUGAUCUAUAGGUCAGAUUUAAGUCUGGGACAGGUUGGGUCAAAAACUAAGUCACUGGGUCAAAUCAAAGGAAAAGCUUGUUAACACUCUAUAGGCCACAUUUAUGACUUAUCUUCAGGAAACUUAGUCAGAAUGUUAAUCUUGAUGAACUUUAGAUCAAGUCUGAAUCUUGGUCAUGUGGGGUCAAAAACUAGGUCACCAUGUCAAAUCAAAGGAAAAGCUUGUUAACACUAGAGGCUAGUCAGAUGUUCCUUGGAUGACUGUCAACCAAGAUUGUUCAAGUUGUAAUGAUUUGCAAAGAAAUUUAGCCACCAGACCAAAUCUACAAAAUUUGAAGUAAUUCCACAGAAAUGUUUUAUGGGACCCAAACCAUGUUUCCAUCUUUUUCGAUUUGUCACAUAGCUGCAUGAGCUAAGAAUAGAAAAAUCUUCAAACAGUAUGCUCUUCUUAGUCCCAGGUCUGAUUUUGAAUAAUUUUAUAGAAAUGUUCCUUGAGUGACCCUCUGCCAAGCAUGUAUGCCAGAGGGAGUGGUAACUUCUCCCUAUUUGUAUAUUGUAUGUUGAAACUUUUAAAAGACAAGAUGGUUAAAAGUUCUUCUGAUUUGUUAAAACAUAUUCAGAAGACUUUGUCACUUUUCCCUACAUCUGAAAUUCAAAAUUGAAACUUCCACUUGUUGGCCCAAUUUCAGAUUAAUUUUUAAUAAAUUAACUAAGUAAUCUUCUACCAAAUUGUUAAGCCAUCUUUAUUAGUAAAAAAGCAUGACCCUUUGGCCAGGGCUAAUUUCAAAAUCUUACCGAAAGAAUCUGCUGGCCAUCUUUUAAAGUAAGUUGGGAUGUUUCUUCAACGACUUCUGAAAUUGUUACCUGUUUUAACUGAUAAGGCGUGUAGUGCCAUGGUGGCUGUUUAUUUCAAUUUUUAUAUUUAUAACAUUUUUAAAUGUAGCCAUAUUACAUAUUUUACAGAACUGUUCAUUAAAUUGUUGGUCCUUAGUUUGUUCCAUAUGAGCGACUGAUAUCAAACACGUUUACUGGGGUAGUUAGUCAGAAAUUAGAAAAUAAAGCAAUAGAACAUUUGCUGAAUAGUUUGCUGGUCAAUAAUUGUAUAAUGUGUCCAAUCAAUUAGCAAUCAUUAUUUCCACUGAUAGCCUUAUGUUUACUGCUUAUCAUUUUCCUUGGAUAUAAGCUUAAAGGUGAAUUAAUACGGUUAAGUAAGGAAAAGGAAAAUUCUUAACUAUGAUAAAUUGCUAGGAUACAGACUCGACACAAAGUUAAAUGAAAUCAUAAUGUCUUUAGCACUUCUCUCAUCCAAGGGCACAGGCUUCUCAUGCACAAGAGUUUAAAAAUAUGAGUUAACAAUAAGCAAUUUUAUUGGCAUUUAAUUGUCAUAAUUAAAUUAUGUUCAAGCAUGUGACUUCGGUCCUAAAACUCUACUGGUGUUUUGUAUAUAAUUACUGACAAUGGGUCCUAUUCGUUGGAAUGCCAUACUCUGAAAUUGAGAACAUAGAUUUAUGACACCUUGUUUCUUUUUAGGCAACUUCAGUUUGAUUUUUGUUCAGAGUUUUAGGAUGUUCUAAUAACACUUAUUUUGAAUUUUUUAUGCCCCCAAAGGGAGGCAUAUAGUUUUGGAACCGUCUGUCGGUCUGUCCGCAAUUUUCGUGUCCGGUCCAUAUCUUUGUCAUCGAUGGAUGGAUUUUCAAAUAACUUGGCAUGAAUGUGUACCACAGUAAGACGACAUGUCGCGCGCAAGACCCAGGUCCGUAGCUCAAAGGUCAAGAUCACACUUAGACGUUAAAGGUCAUUUUUCAUGAUAGUUGGGCGUGUCCAGUCCAUAUCUUUGUCAUCGAUGGAUGGAUUUUCAAAUAACUUGGCAUGAAUGUGUACCACAGUAAGACGACAUGUCGCGCGCAAGACCUAGGUCCGUAGCUCGAAGGUCAAGGUCACACUUAGACGUUAAACGUCAUUUUUCAUGAUAGUUGGGCGUGUCCGGACCAUAUUUUUGUCAUCCAUGGAUGGAUUUUCAAGUAACUAUGCAUGAAUGUGUGGCACAGUAAGACGACGUGUCGCGCGCAAGACCAAGGUCUGUAGCUCAAAGGUCAAGGUCACACUUAGACGUUAAUGGUCAUAUUUCAUGAUAGUGCAUUGAUGGGCGUGUCCGGUCCAUAUCUUUGUCAUUCAUGCAUGGAUUUUAAAAUAACUACGCAUGAAUGUGUGGCACAGUAAGACGACGUGUCGCGCGCAAGACCCAGGUCCGUAGGUCAAAUUAAAGGUCCUAAACUCUAACAUCGGCCAUAACUAUUCAUUCAAAGUGCCAUCGGGGGCAUGUGUCAUCCUAUGGAGACAGCUCUUGUUUUAUAUAUUUCAGUUUUUGGAUCUGUAUUGCUGAAUUUUUAGUCAUAUAAACUGUUAAAUUUCAGUGUUUCCCUUUUUCAGAGUUAAGACUUAAUCAGAAAGAAUGUAAGCUGUUGAAAGUUAUUAACUUGCAUAUAUUUGGCUUAAAGUUAUGGGAGAUUUGGUUUAUUUAAACAGAAAAAUGGUAUGCCAGCAUCGUGUUUAAAUUACAAGACAUAUCCUUGCUUUUCUUUUGUUCUGAUGUAUGAUUUGAUUUCGCAAAUAUUAUAAUUGUUAUGUCAAUUCAUUACAUAUCUGACACAUUAUUUACAGAAAUAUAUGAAGUUUGCUCUGAAAUUAUUAAUAGAGAUUUUAAUUGUUACAAUAAAGAAGAUAAGAGCUAGCUUA